AUGGGCUCGCUCGCUCGCUUGCUUGCCUUCUUUAGUGAACUUCAAUUCACCGUGCUGGGAUGGGGCCUUGCCCUCGCAAAGUAUUUUUACUCAGCUAUAUCUUCGUUUUCAUCAAAGUUUGCUAAAUGUUCAUAUCAGAUACAGCUUGAUUUCAACAUGGAGAGCAGAAAACGCAAGGCGGAUGAUGAAUUGGAUCCCAGCGCUGAUGAUGUUGGCAGUGUGCCUGAGGUCGAUCCUAGCACGUCUGCCAGCGUGCCUCAAGUUGAACCCACUACUGCGGAUAGCGUCCCUGGGGGCAGACCCAUCACGGCUGACAGCAUUUCCAAAGUCGAUCCCGCCAUGGCCGCUUACAUUGAGAAGAGACGCAAAGAAAAGGAUGACUGGCUGGUGCGGCAGGGAAAGGCACUGUGGAAGAACUACUGGACCGUGAGAGAACAACAGCUUUCCAGGCCUUUCGGGCCACUGCCGAGCUAUCCAGAGGUGAUCGAGGUCUGGCAACGUGAUGAGGUGGACCAAGAAGCUGCAUCCUCGGAGUUCCCUCCAAAUGGAAUAACUGAUAAGAACCCUCCUCUUUCUUACGACGUCAUCGCAAGUAUUCUCUGGAAAACCAAGGGCCACUGUCCCCAGGCACAGGCGUGGUUGAAGAGCCAUGAGAUGAACAGAUUCAUGCGUGCUAAUGUGAUCGUGAGGCACUAUGGACGUGAGAAUCUGAGAAAGAAGGCGCUCCAUAACAUGUACCAGAGAAAACUUGGUCUGCAGAAGGCGGCCAUGGAGUCCGCGCAAGUGAUGGAUGAUGGGAAGGAAAACCAGGAAAAUGAGGCUACCCCUUGGGACAGAAUCAUGGCAGCUCAUGACAGACUUCGAAAGGCGAUGGGUGAACCUGAGGUAUUUGCGCACGAGAUUCUGUUGUGGUAGCUAUUCCCUGUCACACCGUCAGUUUUGCCGGCACAUGUCAGUAGGCGGCUGACGUACCCUCUGAUUCUGUCUCUUUGAAUUACAUAGUAAAGAUGAAUGUCCACUCAUGUACCAAAGCUUGACGGUUCACUGGACGGUUCUUGUAACUAGCUUUUCCAAUAAUCACUGAUUAUCAAGUCUU